CGGACUACACAAAGCCGCGAAACAGCUACAACGGUUUCAACCAGGGAUCUGUAUCAGCACUUCGGUGGCAGUCGAUUAGUGAACAUCACGACAGCCAGUUGGAGAGUGAGGGAAGCUGGCGACAUUGUGGUGAUAGGCAACGGCGGUCAUUGAGUUAUGAGAUGGAGGAAAUGGCGGAACCACGCAGAUCCUCGACGAGUUUAAAUAACUCCAAGAAGCGGUCGACAUUUACACCCACUCAGACGCUGCCCCGGCAUAAGUCUCAAAGACGUUCGGGAUCCGGACAAGACAAUUUGGGUCUUCCGGAUCUAUUCUCGGUAACUGAUAUGCAAGGACACAGAAGCCUGCCUCGCGGCAAAAUUGAGAGACAAACAACCGUGUCAACCGACCAUUCAAACCUGAGGCGCAGUCAAACUUACAAGUCCAAGUCUAACGGACCCAAUAUCGUCGACAUGGGGAAAAACAGAGCCUCCAGAGACAAGCCCAGGACUAAGUCAGGAAAACUCAGCACAUCAAGACAACCGGCCAAGCCACGUGGCAACUCAAAACUCAUCCUCAAAAAACGAUCCCUAUCCGAGCUCUCUGACAUCACCGAGCGGGAUGAAAGGUCUCGACCGACGUCCUCAUGUGCCCAAACCAGACUUCCACGCGCACACGAUACUCCUUCCAGUACCGGGUCAGCCCACGAAGUCGCAAGGACGGAAAGCUCCCGCAGUUCAAAGCAAUCCAUCUCGGACCCUUGGAUUCCAGAUCCAGAAAUCAAACCUCGCCGUCGGAGUUUUUCGGAAGUUCUGAGGAAUAUCAAGGGGGUGUUUCGCAGGGGCGCUGUGUAGAGAUGGGUUGUGAAUGAGGCGUAGUGGAUGAUGGCGCUUCAGCGGAGUACCUACCUACCUGCUGCGUUUCGUCGCAGGAUAUCCAACAACUCAUUGAAGAGCAUCAUCACCUGAGCAUUCGAAUAUGUGUACCAUCGGGAGAUGUAUGAAUUCGGCGUGUUCUACCGGAGAAAGAGCCUGUGGAACAUAGGACAGCAGAUGUCAGUACUAGACUUUAGUAUUUUCCUACUUACC